AAGCUUACAGGUGAAGUGUAGAAGGAAAGAGAUGCUUUCUGCAUAACCCUUGCUGAGUUAAUCAUCUUGAGUGUAGCCAAUAACUUUGAGAAGUAUGGGAGAGGAAUCUGAUAAAAGAUGGAAAGGUAAAGUAGUGGUUGAGCUUGCAGAAACAAAUGCUGAAGUAGCAUGGACUGUGGUAGAAGAUUUCUGCAGCAUCCAUAAGUGGAUGUCACUAGACACAUGCUAUCAACUAGAGGGUACUCUUGGCAAACCUGGUCUCAUCAGAUACUGUGCUUCAACAGUUGAUGUGGAGAACACCCCGACACUGAAGUGGGCCAAAGAGAAGGUACUUGCCAUUGAUCCUGUCGAACGAUGUUUGACUUAUGAAAUUGUCGAGAACAACAUGGGAUUUAAGUUCUAUGUGGCCACACUCAAAGUGCUGUCAAACGAGGAGGGGGGAUGCAAGAUUGAAUGGGAAUUUGUGUGUGAUCCAGUGGAAGGGUGGAGUUGUGAAGGUUUGGAGUCAUAUGUUGAGUCUUCUCUGAAGGUCGUGAAGAAGAACAUCGAACUUGCAUACAACACACCAUAGGUUUUCACAUCUGGUCAGAUAAUGAAUCUGGGUGUUUGAAAUUUGUGCAAUUAAUAAUCAAGCAUGAUACAUUAAAUUAAUAUUUGCUUGUUGUCAAACUUUUCUGCAAGUGUUUGUUUGGUUAAUUUACUCAGAACUGAAACUAUUGUUUGAUUGUUGUUAAACUUUUA